AUGGACGAAAAAUCGCGCGCUUGCAAGGCCCAGCUUGAACAGUCGUUGCAAUCCCUGGAAGAGGGAGCUAGUCAGGCAGGACAGAAGCGAUGCAUCAUCCUGAGUGGAGGAGUAGACACCUGCGCCAUCGUCAUGGCUUGCAGGGACCUUGGGCUCCACCUAGACCUCGCAGUCUCUGUGUCAGUUUCCAACGAGAGUGGAAACUUUGAAGGAACGGACGAGGAGUUCGUGAAGGAGCUUGCAGCAGCAUGCGGUCUAGAGCUACACUACUUGCACACGAGCGCGAUGGAGCUGGUGUCCAACAUGCUGCCCUUCUGCGUGAAGACCCUCGAGACCUAUGAUCCUAUGGACCUCCGGAACUCCAUGGUGGUUGCUCUUGCCCUCCACAAGGCGAAGGAGCUCGGGUGUACUCAGGUCAUCACCGGGGAUGGAGCUGACGAGUUGCUGGGGGGAUACAGCUUCACGUGGAAGGGUGAGGAGCCGACAUGGAGUCAGAAGCGGCAGGAAAUGUGCUCUGCCUGGAAGUUUAGCGCUAUGAAAAUGGCAGUAGCACUUGGAAUGAAGUACUUCAGCCCUUACGUUCAGCCUUCCUUCAAGGAGUGGGCGCUGAAGGAAACCGACAAGUCAGACUGUAUCGGCUCGGCUCGCAUCCACAUCAAGCUGGGCGAUGAGAAGGUCGAUCACGUCACUGGGAAACUCCCUCUCCGACGAGCUUACCCCGAUGCCAUCAGCGCUUGGCGCAGGAAGGACCCGAUAGAAGUCGGCAGCGGUAGCACUUGCUUGUCAAGGAAGGACUUUUGGGGACCACCGCCCGAUCCGGAAGUCGUUGACAAGCUGAGAAAGGAGGACCACGUUGUGAUCAGAGACGCCGAGCACCUGACCUACUACAAGCACUUCGCUCAGACGUUCCCUGAUGCGCAAGAUUUGGCGUAA